CAGUCCCAGUUUCCUGAGAGGAUGGAGGGAGAAAACACCAGACUACGCUUUGCUUGCUCUGGUUGCAUGAUGGAGCAUGGCAGGAAAAGUCCCAGCAACUGGAUUCCUGCGCCUGCCAAAGAACGGAUAGAAAAGAGGUGCAACUUUCUGCCAGCCUCAAAGCAAGGUAUCAGAGGAGCGUCCUUUUCUAGUAUGGCUUUCUGGAAGAACCCAGUACCCCCAAACAUGCUCUUCUUUGUGCUUCUGGUGGUUCAACUGAUUCUAGGCCUUGGUGGCAUGGCUGUGGCACUCUCCACUUGCCAAACCCUGGACCUGGAGGUGGCCCGGGCACGGCGGGUACAGGCCGUACGAGGGCAAAUCCUUAGCAAGCUGCAACUGGUGGCACCUCCAGAGGAAGAAGAAGGAGUUCCUGACCAGCCACCGCCUGAGGUGAUGUUACUAUACAACAGCACAAAGGAGCUUUCGCGAGAGCGGGUGGUCUGUGGUGGCCGCAGCUCCAGCAGCAGCGAGGAAGAGGAGUACUACGCCAAGGAAGUGCGGCGUGUGGACAUGUUGCCCCCUGGGCAUGCUGACAACUCCAUCACCAGCACCCAAACCAGUCCCUUCUUCCGCCUCCUGCGAUUUGAUGUCUCUGGGGCUGAACCCAACCUCAGUAGCCUCAUUCAAGCUGAACUUCGUGUCUACAGAGUCCCCAAUCCCCGGGCAAGAGCCACAGAGCAACGCGUGGAGCUCUAUCAGGUGGUCCAGGCAAGGGAGCCCUCGGCACCAACCCAGCGCUACGUGGAGAGCCGGACAUUACGCCCAACUGACCGGGCCGAAUGGGUCUCCUUUGACGUUACAGAGACCGUCAGCCAGUGGCUGGACAAGAGAGAGAGAAACCUGGGCCUUAAACUGGGGGUGCACUGUCCCUGCUGCACUUUCGUGGCUACCGGAAACACCAUUAACCCCAACCACAGUGAGGAAAUGGAAGCGCGCUUUGCAGGUCUGGAUGAUGAACUCAUCAAAGAGGCAUGGAAAGGACGUGCACGGCCCCCAGACCUCAGUGGCAAGGACCCCCACCUUAUUCUCACCCUACUGCCCCCACAUCGGCUGGAGCCUUCCCCAAAGGGCCGACGUCGCAGGGCAGCCAACACCCCCAGAUGCUCCAGGAGUACAGAUCAGGGCUGCUGCCUCCGCACCCUCUACAUUGAUUUCCGCAAAGAUCUAAAAUGGAAGUGGAUCCACCAGCCCAAAGGUUAUAAGGCCAAUUUCUGUGCUGGAAGCUGCCGUUAUGUAUGGAGCACUGACACACAGUACAACAUGGUGCUUCCUUUGUACAACAAGCGAAUCCAGAACUCCUCGGCUGCUCCUUGCUGCGUCCCUCAUGAGUUGGAGCGGACCAUCCUCUACUAUGUCGGUCGCUUGCCCAAAGUGCAACAACUCAGCAAUAUGGUUGUCAAGUCUUGUCGGUGCCGUUAAGAAUGAGUGUAUGUUACCAUGGAUCCUGAGACACCUUCCCCAACAUUUUCCCGGGGCCACCAAGGAUUCUACCUUGACCUAAUAUCUCCCCCAACCCAGUUCCACCAUAUUUAUUCUGACCCGCCUUCCAGGAAGAACUCCUCUUCUUCCUUUGUGCUUCUACCAACCAGUGAAAGACCACUCCUCAUGCUCUGGCUCAGGUCACAAAUGAAUGUCCUCACCUUACAUUUGCCCAGAUAAGAUGAAAGCAACCGGUGAGGCUUUGGUCUUUGGUCUCUCUUGUACUACACAGUUAUUUGUGUUAUGUUAACCACCUUGAAUCACUCUCAGCUCAUGGUGCACCCUGUGGAUGAGACAUCCCAGACUCUCUAUCCUCCCCUACUACUUAGAUACUAUAUUUAUACCUAUGACCUCCUUAAUAGAGUCCAUCCAUCUCGCAGUAGUCUUCCUCUUUCUCCUUCCCUCCACCCUUUCCUAGCAAUAUUGUCUUUUACAAUGAGGCAUUCUUCUCAUGAUGUGGCAAAGUACGAUAGCCUUGCUUUAUCAUCCUGGCUUUCUGGCCGACUGUACUAGGACCAUUGUGUGUCUUUUUGGCUGUCUAUGGGAUCCUCAGCACUCUUCUCCAGCAUCACGCCUCCAAU